AUAGGUUUCCUAUUUGCGUGUGCGAAAGCCCUAACCGCGAAAAUUUUCGUCUAAUUGAUUAGGGGAUUGAGUGCAAUUGAUUCAUCUGUUCCGCGCGCUAGUUUAGCGAUGUCGACGAAGCGUAGUAAUUACAAGGAAAAGAUCGCUCGCCGCCACCAGAAAGAGGAGAAACCAGAGGAGCCGGAGCAGCCGAAAUACAGGGACCGAGCCAAAGAACGUAGAGAAGAUCAGAAUCCUGAUUAUGAGAUUACUGAGCUGACGUCCUUUCAUGCUGUUGCUCCCCCGGGAACUGUUGAUCUGCGGUCAGCUGAUGCUCACAAGUUAUCUAUUGAGAAGAGCAAAUAUCUCGGAGGUGAUGUUGAGCACACACAUUUGGUCAAAGGGUUGGAUUAUGCUUUGCUUCAUAAAGUGCGAAGUGAAAUGGACAAGAAGAUCGAUGCCGGAGAAGAGAUUGAAGGGAAUUCUAAAGCACCAAAAGAUGACCAACCGGUAUCUUUCCGUACCACAACAGCCAAGUCAAUUUAUCAGUGGAUGGUCAAGCCACAAACUGUUAUCAAGACCAACGAAAUGUUCCUUCCUGGACGAAUGGCUUUUAUAUUCAAUAUGGAAAAUGGUUUCUCUCAUGAUAUUCCAACAACAGUUCACAGAAGUAAAGCUGAUUGUCCUGUUCCUGAGGAAAUGGUUACUGUAAGUGUUGAUGGCUCAGUUUUGGAUCGAAUAGCAAAAAUCAUGUCAUAUCUUCGCCUCGGGUCAUCAGGAAAAGUUCUGAAAAAGAAGAAGAAAGACAAAGAUGCCAAAGGAAAGCCAAUGGCUUCUAAUGGGUAUGAAGAAGAUGAGCGAAUACCAAAAUCUGAUUCUCUGAAGAAUCAGAAUGGAGUGGAGACCUUGCCUCCACCUCCCCCACUCCCCAAAAAGAACUAUCCCGAACCUAAAGAAAAGCAGGGGCCAACCACUAUAAGGAAAGAGGAGGAUGAUAUCUUUGUAGGCGACGGUGUAGACUACUCCAUUCCCAGUAAAGAUAUGAGCCAAAGCCCAGUCUCAGAGGACAUGGAAGAAUCUCCUCGAAAUAAAGAGAAAGGUUCCUACUUCUCUGAACCCACAUAUGGCCCAGUUCCGCCUGCUGACCUGUCCCAGGGUUGGCAGCAAACUAAUGGAUAUGAAGCUUUGCAAGGACAGGCAAUGGCUGCUGGUUACCAGGGCGAGUGGCAGAAUUACCAAUAUGCUGACCAAUUGGCAUAUCCUGAGCAAUAUAUGCUGCAGGACAUCCAGAAUUACGAUGUGCAAGCGGGCUCAAAUGUCAUCCAGGAUCCACGAUUUAUGACUCAAGAAGAGAAGGAUAGGGGCUUAGGAUCCGUGUUUAAGAGAGAUGAUCAGCGGCUUCAACAACUAAGGGAGAAGGAUGCCCGGGAGAAAGACCCCAAUUUUAUAUCCGAUAGUUACUCCGAAUGCUAUCCUGGCUACCAAGAAUAUAACCGGGAGGUAGUUGACAGUGAUGACGAAGAUGACCUGUCCAAAAUGGAUAUGGGCGGACGGGCUAAGGGACGGCUUCACCGGUGGGACUUUGAGACUGAAGAAGAGUGGGCGACAUACAACGAGCAGAAGGAGGCUAUGCCGAAAGCUGCAUUCCAGUUUGGCGUGAAGAUGCAGGAUGGCCGGAAGACCCGCAAACAGAACAGAGAACAGAAAAUUACCAAUGACCUGCACAAGAUAAACAAAAUACUUGCUAGGAAGAAAGCUGAGGGCGGCGGUGGCGGUGGCGACGAUGGCCGGAUUCACGAGGACGAAACACAUCCAGGAAAAAAGCUAAGGUUGUGAUACUGACGUGUAAAUCUUGUACUCUGUUUUCAUAUACCAUGUUUGUAAUUGUUCUUUGGUUUUCAUAUACCAUGUUUGUAAUUGUUGUUUGGUUCCCUUAUAGGUUCUUGCAUUUGGUCAUUUCUUAAGAUUGAAAUACACUGCUAAUGUAAAUGGCAUAUACUUACUUUAGACCACCUCA